CGUCGUGCCUGUGUAAUGAAGCACAUGCGCACUGAAUUAAUCACAGCCAUUUUUUGCAGGAAACUAAUUAGCAGGAAUAAAGAUCCAAAGAGUUUUUUUCUUUUCAAUCAUCAGAUCUCACUUUCACCUCUUCCUCUCUCCCUCUAACACAAGACACAUCGCCUGCUUUGCAUCCAAAUUAUUUUUAUAUAGCCUUUACAACUAAUACUUCGGUUUUUUACACUCCGCAACAACAAUGAUCUUUCUUUUACCAUCCUAAAUGCAAACUGACCAAAAGGGACUGCCUUGAUGGGAUCUUUAGCCAAACCGUCUCUAUACUGGAUUAAAACGCGAGGAUCACAAAGCGGCUGCAAAAAAUUGCCUGGAUGCGAUGAACGCCUCAUGUAGGCAUCAGCAUGGAAAGCUGUGAGUCUCCCGUGGUUUCUGGGACAGACGAUGGGCUCGCCGCCGCCACCACGUCCCAACAACAACAGCAACCUCCACAGCCCUGGAACGAUCACUCUAACGGACAGGUCCCUCUCAGCAGCCAGCCCCCUUCCCUAGAGCCCCUGUCACUGUCUGUACCCUACCCCUCCCAGCUCCAGGCCCUCAGCACGCCUAGAGAGGGUGUAAGAGAUCAGCAGCAGACCCGGACCCCGCCCUCCGCCCCCAGUGACAGCUCAGCCUCCAGGCAGAGGCGGACGAGAGGAAAGGGGUUAGAGGAGGAGGUAGAGGAGGAAGGGGGCAGCUGUGGGGAGGAGGAGGAUGAAGAAUUGGAUGACUUGGAUGAAAUGGAGAUUGACAGCUGUUUCCCAAGUCUGCAGCCCUUUCCUGGAGUGCCGAUGGCUUUAGGAGGAGGGAGCAUGCCAACUCUCCUGCGCCAGCAGCAGGCACGACGGAGAGGGAUCAUGGAGAGUGGGAGCGAGGAAGGAGAGGAGGAGGAAGAGGAAGAGACCAGUGAUGUGGAGAACCUGGCUGGAGAGAUCGUCUACCAGCCUGAUGGCUCAGCCUACAUUGUGGAGAGCCUCAGCCAGCUGAUCCAAAGUGGUGGGGGCAUGGCGCCCGGCCUGCUCCCCACAAAUUCCCUCCCCAGCACGGGGAAGCCGGGCGAACCUGCCGGGUCCUCUCCCCCGGUCUACCCUCAGAUCAUCAACACGUUCCACAUAGCCUCGUCCUUCGGGAAGUGGUUCGGCUCUUCAGACCAAGGUUUCCCCAAUACCUCAACCAUGACAGGCCUGAGUCCUGUCCUGCACAGUUUUCGCGUUUUCGAUGUGCGGCACAAAAGCAACAAGGAUUACCUGAACAGCGACGGGUCUGCCAAGAAGUCCUGCGUAUCCAAAGAUGUUCCCAACAAUGUGGAUUUUUCCAAAUUCGAUGGACUGGCCCUUUAUGGCAAGGGCAAGCCCAUCCUCAUGUGUUUCCUGUGCAAGUUGUCCUUCGGCUAUGCGCGCUCCUUUGCCACCCACGCCGUGCAUGACCACCGCAUGACCCUGAGUGAGGAGGAGCGUCAGCUGCUGGGACACAAGCACGCCUCUGCCAUCAUCCAGGGCAUUGGGAAGGACAAAGAGCCCCUCAUCAGCUUCCUGGAACCAAAAAACAAGAGCUCCGCCAUGCCGCCCACGCUGGUGCCCCUUAGCUCCGGGCAGAGCUUUUAUGGCACCUUCAGCGGAGUCCACUUAGAGUCGGGGAGUGGCGGUGGUGGGGGAAACGGGGCCCUCCUUAACAAAGACUCUGAGUCUGGCCCCCAGCAAGUCCCGUUAGGCUCCCUCCUUACACUGGGAGGGCUUGGCAGCCCCAAGCCGCCCUUGCUUACCUCAGUCCCAGGCCCUGCCAAAGACUCCAGUGCCCAGCCUGAGCAGGGAAGGAGAACAGAGGGGCCUGCUGGAAAAGAGGGGGCUCACAGGAGAGAAGGUGUGAAGAGGGAGGUGAGGGCAGGCAAAGAACUGAUACCUGGCUCAGAGCUGGGGUCAGAGGAAGAUGAGGAACUAUUAGAAGAAGAAGUAGAAGAUGAGGAAGAGGAAGAAGGCACUGCAGUGGCCUGUGGCAGCAGUAGCAGCAGCAGCGGAGAAGGGGGGGAACUGGCUGUCUCAAACCAAAGCAUUUCCAAAUCUCCUUUAUUAAUGCCUAGUAGCGCUCUCCAGCCUUCCGCCUGCCCCCCUGCAGCUAGCCCCAUGCACAGCAGCAAAAACCCUGCCUCGACUUCCUCUUCCUCUGUCAGGGUGUCAGAAGCUGGGGCUGCUGCAGAUGGUGGGGGGAGGACCUCAGAGCUCCCUCUGAGCUUUAACUGCCAGGGGCCCGCUCUCCCCGCGGCAAUGACAGCAGUUGCCGGCAGAGGGGGCGAAGAUGACGGGACGGCCUGCCCACCCGCCACUGCUUCCUCCCCUCUGGCCUCCGAUGCUGCCGCUGAUGAAAGUGCCAAUCGAGAUAGUGCCACAGCUCCUGAACCAAAUGAAAGCCCAGCUGAGGGAGAGGAGGACAGUGGGGCUCUCCUGCACCAUCACCACCUCCACCACCACCACCUGCACCCCUCGCCCCACGCGCAUGGCCACUCAUACCCCGGGACCCCCUGUGACCUGGCAGGUGUUGGCGAGUGUCCCCAGAGCCAUGUCGCUGGGAGCAGCGGGGUAGAGUGCCCCAAGUGUGACACUGUGCUGGGGUCCUCCCGCUCCCUGGGCGGCCACAUGACCAUGAUGCAUUCACGCAACUCCUGCAAGACGCUCAAGUGUCCCAAGUGCAACUGGCACUACAAGUACCAGCAGACCCUAGAGGCCCACAUGAAGGAGAAGCACCCCGACUCCGGGGGCUCUUGUGUCUACUGCAGCAAUGGCCAGAGCCACCCCCGCUUGGCACGGGGAGAGAGCUACACCUGCGGCUACAAGCCCUUCCGCUGCGAGGUCUGCAACUACUCCACCACCACCAAGGGCAAUCUCAGCAUCCACAUGCAGUCUGACAAGCACCUCAACAACAUGCAGACUCUGCAGAACGGCAGUUCUAUUGCCCCCACAGGAGAGCAGGUGUUUGGACAUGCUCCAAGCAGUGUGGUGACCGUCCCUUCAGGCACGCAGGCCACUGCUCACCACCCUACCCACCACCACCACCACCACCACCACCACCACCACCACUCUGCCCAGUCCACUGCCCAUGUGAGUGGUGCCUGUGGGGCCCCCUCACCCACUAAGCCAAAAAGCAAGCCCACGUGGCGCUGUGAGGUAUGCGACUACGAGACCAAUGUUGCCCGGAACCUCAGGAUCCACAUGACCAGUGAGAAGCACAUGCACAACAUGAUGCUGCUCCAGCAGAACGUGACGCAGAUGCAGCAUGGCCGCCUGGGCCUGGGAGGCCUGCCCUCGCCCUCUGAGGCUGAGCUCUACCAGUACUACCUGACCCAGAACAUGAGCCUGCCUCCAGGCCUCAAGAUGGACCCCUCUGUUCCCGACACCCAGUUCUUAUUAGGUGGAUUCCACCUGGACCCCAACAUGGCUGCAUUGGCCCCUACACUAGUAGGUGGAGAGAUCCCCUUGGACAUGCGGUCUGGUGGUGGGCAGUUGGUGUCAGAGGAGCUGAUGACCCUGGGGGAGAGCCUGUCUCAGACAAGCGAUCCCUCUCUUAAGCUGUUCCAGUGCGCUGUGUGCAACCACUUCACUACCGACAACCUGGACAUGCUGAGUCUGCACAUGAGUGCAGAGCGCAGCCUGCCUGAGGAAGAGUGGCGUGCUGUGGUGGGCGACUCACACCAGUGCAAGCUGUGCCGCUACACCACCCAGCUGAAGGCCAACUUCCAGUUACACUGCAAGACCGACAAGCACGUGCAGAAGUACCAGCUGGUAGCACACAUCAAGGAAGGGGGCAAGGGCAAUGAGUGGCGCCUCAAGUGUGUAGCCAUUGGAAACCCUGUCCACCUCAAGUGCAAUGCCUGCGACUACUACACCAAUAGCCUGGAGAAGCUGCGGCUACACACAGUCAACUCCCGCCAUGAGGCCAGCCUCAAGCUGUACAAGCACCUGCAGCAGCACGAGAGUGCAGUUGAGGUGGAUGCCUGCUAUUACCACUGUGUCCUGUGCAACUACUCCACCAAGGCCAAGCUGAACCUCAUCCAGCACGUCCGCUCCAUGAAACACCAGCGCAGUGAGAGUCUGCGCAAACUGCAAAGGCUGCAGAAAGGCGUGCCAGAGGAGGAGGAAGAACUGAGUGCCAUCUUCACCAUUCGCAAAUGCCCCUCUGCCGACACAGGAGAGCUGAGUGAGGAUGUGGAGGGAGCCAGUGAGACCACCACAGACCAGGAGGACCAAACCAAAGACAGAGAGAGUGGGGGGGAGAAGGAGAUCACCAAAGGAACAGCAGCACCCUGCCAGGUGGACAGGGACCGGACAGAUUCUCCACUCCCCUCCAAACGCCCUUCCUCAAGGUCUGAGGCAACAGAGAGCCCACUUUCCUCCAAGCGUCUCAGGACAGCUGACAAGAGCACUGGCGAGCAGAUGUAUCAGUGCCCCUACUGCAAGUACAGCAACACUGACGUGAACCGCCUCAGGAUGCACGUGAUGGGUCAGCAUUCUGUUCAGCCCAUGUUUCGCUGCCCACUGUGCCAGGACAUGCUCAACAACAAGGUCCACCUGCAGUUCCACCUCACUCACCUCCACAGCGUGGCACCUGACUGUGUGGAGAAGCUCAUUGCCACGGUAACACCUUCAGAAGUGCUGCCAGCAAGCAUGUUUAUACCAGUUCCAGGCCCAGAGAGCGAUGGACAGAAUGACAUGCCAAUGCCAGCUAACUCAUGUUCUGAUGACACAAGGAAACAAACAGAAACCUCAGACGCAGAGUUUGAGAAAGGGGUUCCACCGCCCCCAGAAGUACCAGAAGUCGGCAAGUCUCCCCUGGAAGAUCAGCAAGUGAUGAAGGAAGAUACUGUUGGUUUCCUGUGCUGGAAGAAAGGCUGUAACCAGGUCUUUAAGUCCUCCAGUGCCCUCCAGAUGCACUUCAAUGAGGUCCAUAACAAAAGGCCACAGCUGCCUGUUUCAGACCGCCAUGUCUACAAAUACCGUUGCAACCAGUGCAGCCUAGCCUUCAAAACUGUGGAGAAGCUGCAGCUACAUUCACAGUACCAUGUCAUUAGGGCUGCCACCAUGUGCUGUCUUUGCCAGCGCAGCUUCAGGACCCUACAGGCUUUGAAGAAACACCUGGAAACUAGUCACCUUGAGCUGAGUGAAGCUGACAUCCAGCAGCUGUAUGGGGGCUUGUUGAUGAAUGGAGACAUCAUGGUCAUGGGUGAUCCAACACUUGGAGAGGACCAGGUAGCUCUGGGCGAGGAUGACAAGGAAGGAGAGGAAAGUGACCCUGAGGAGAAGCAAAGUCCAACUGGUAGUGACUCAGGAUCAGUCCAAGAAGAUUCUGGAUCAGAACCUAAGCGUGCUCUGCCAUUCAGAAAAGGCCCCAAUUUUACCAUGGAGAAAUUUUUGGAUCCAUCCCGGCCUUUUAAAUGCACAGUGUGUAAAGAGUCCUUUACCCAAAAGAAUAUCCUCCUGGUCCAUUAUAACUCUGUCUCACAUUUGCACAAGGUCAAGCGAGCCUUACAGGAGUCCACCACUGGUCAGCUUGAAUCCACCAGUAGUCCAGACAACAAACCAUUCAAGUGCAGCACUUGUAAUGUGGCAUACAGCCAGAGCUCAACGCUUGAAAUUCACAUGCGCUCCGUCCUCCAUCAGACCAAAGCCCGUGCAGCCAAACUUGAAGCUGCAGGUGGUAGCAGUAGCUCUGUCAGUACUAUUAGUGGAAAUGGAGGGGGUUCCUCUAUUGGCACUUCUACCCCUAGUCCUAACCCAGCCACUAACUCAGCAACAACCGCAAGCAACAAUAGCUCCUCCUCAGGGGCACAGACUGUGCAUAGCAUGAUGGGAAGUCUCAUUAACCAGUCUCAUAGCAUUGACAGUUUGGCAAACUCUUCAGUAGCUUGUCAUCCCUCACCAUCUGAAAACCAUGAUGCAAAGAAGAAGAAAUUUGCAGACAUGCUUACUUCAAGGGGCCAGCAACAGCUACAGCAGCAACAGCUGGCUCAGGCCCAAGCUCAGGCUCAGGCCCAGCUGCAGCAAGAGCUCCAACAACAAGCUGCCCUACUACAGUCCCAACUUUUUAAUCCAGCACUCCUUCAGCACUUCCCCAUGACAACAGAAGCUCUUCUGCCACUUCAGCAGCAACAGUUACUCUUUCCUUUCUAUAUCCCUGGGGCAGAAUUCCAGCUGAAUCCAGAGAUAAGCCUCAACAGCUCUGCACUUAGUCUGGCUGGUGCAUCCACCUCAUCUGUGCUGGACGACCUGAAGAGUUCAGCCCAACAGGCCCAGCAGAGCUGUUUGCAGCAGCAGCAGCUGAUGCACCACCAUCUCCAGCAGCAGCACCAACAACAAGCACACACACAGGCUCAAGGUCAAAUGGCUUUACUCCAACAAAAUGCAACUCUUUUGCAUCAGGCAGACAAAAAGCCAAAACCUGCCUCCCACAAUGAGAAAGACAGAGAUGGCCAAAGGGAUAAAGAUAUGAGUGAGAAAUUAGAUGAACACAUCUCCAAAGAUGGCUUGGACAAUGUGAAGUCUAAAGAAAGGAAAGAUCAGCAGCAGCCUGGAAUAGUGGGAAACCAUGAACCUGGCUUUCCUCCUCCAAGAAUUGCCUCAGAUGCUCGUGGAAAUGCUACCAAGGCCCUCUUGGAGAACUUUGGGUUUGAAUUGGUAAUCCAGUAUAAUGAGAACAAACAGAAAGUACAGAAAAAAAUGUCAGGAAUUGGAUCUUCAGGAUUAGGUGGGUCAGCAGGAAUCAGCAGAGUUGUGGAUCCCAUAGAGGGACUUGAAAAGCUGGAGUGUGAAGCUUGUGGCAAGCUCUUCUCAAAUAUACUGAUACUGAAGAGUCAUCAAGAGCAUAUCCACCAGUCCUUCUUCCCAUUUCGCUCCUUGGAGAGGUUCGCCAAAGAGUACAGGGAGCAAUAUGACAGGCUGUAUCCCCUGAGACCUCAGACUCCUGAGGCUGUUCCUCCACCCCCACCUCCACCGCCACCUCCGCCACCUCCACCCGCACCUCAGCGAGCUCCAACGCCAAAUAUUCCUGCCUCUGCUCCUUCUCUUACACCUCCAGCUGUUCCUGGUCCUCAGCCCCCAGUCCCCAUAACUCAGAUUCCUAUGCCAAUGGAUCUGCCUCUCUUCUCUCCACUUAUGAUGCAGCCUAUGUCUCUCCAGUCUUUACCCUCUCAGAUCCCUGCCCAGUUGCCCACUGUGGAGCCUGGUCUAGCCACUGACUUGGCCCAGCUCUACCAGCAGCAACUCACCCCAGCCAUGCUGCAGCAACAGCAGCAAAACAAGAGGCCACGUACACGCAUCACUGAUGAUCAGCUGAGAGUCCUGAGGCAAUAUUUUGAUAUCAACAACUCCCCCAAUGAGGAGCAGAUCAAAGAGAUGGCUGACAAGUCAGGCCUGCCCCAAAAAGUCAUCAAGCACUGGUUCCGCAACACCCUUUUCAAAGAACGUCAACGUAAUAAGGAUUCACCUUACAACUUCAACAACCCACCCAUCACCACUCUAGAGGAUGCAAAAGUGGAUUCCAAGCCACCAUCCCCUGAGCCCCAGAGACACGAAUGUUAUGGGAGCAAGAGGUCUUCAAGAACAAGGUUCACUGAUUACCAGCUUAGGGUACUUCAAGAUUUCUUUGAUGCUAAUGCCUACCCUAAAGAUGAUGAGUUCGAACAGCUUUCCAACUUGCUGGGUCUGCCUACUCGCGUCAUUGUGGUGUGGUUCCAGAAUGCACGUCAGAAAGCCCGCAAGAAUUAUGAGAAUCAGGGUGAUGGAGGCAAAGAUGGAGAGCGCCGAGAGCUGUCAAAUGACCGCUAUAUUCGUACCACGAACCUGAACUAUCAGUGCAAAAAGUGUAGCCUGGUCUUCCAGCGCAUCUUUGAUCUCAUCAAGCACCAAAAGAAGCUCUGUUACAAAGAUGAAGAUGAGGAAGGGCAAUAUGAUAGUCAAAAUGAAGACUCUGUGGAUUUUUCACAUGAAUACUACACCCCAUCAGGUUCCUCCUGCCACACACCCAUGCCUUCUUCCUCUAGCCUUUGCCCUCUCCCUAUGUCUGGUUCAGCUUUCUCAAACAUGACAUCCUCUGAAAAAGAAGAAGCCUCACCUGCAAAUGCAUCAAACUCCUUUGAUGAAAAGCCCAAACAUUCGACUGAAACAUCCUGUGAACGAAGGGAGAAUCUGGGGUCUGUGAAACAGGAGAGUCCACAGCAGCUACAGAUUGAGACACAACAACAAAGGCCUGAACGGGAGGAGAAGGCACAAACAGUUCCAAAGACCACCAAACUUUCUUCUCCCUCCCCCCAACAACAGCAGCAGCAGAGUGGUCCCUCUGGAGCUCAGGCCAGCCCAGCUCCUACUCAAAGUUCCCACAUGACACUCAACCCACUUUUAACAUCUGCUUCACAGCAGCAACAGCAGCAGCAGCAGCUCACCCAACAAAUGAUACCUUACCAGUGUGAUCAGUGCAAGCUUGCCUUCCCCUCAUUUGAGCACUGGCAGGAGCACCAGCAGCUUCACUUCCUCACAGUGCAAAAUCAGUUUAUUCACCCCCAGUUUCUGGACCGUUCCAUGGACAUGCCUUUUAUGUUGUUUGAUCCUAGCAACCCCCUAUUAGCCAGUCAGCUUCUUUCAGGAGGUAUGCCACAAAUACCCAGCAGUUCUGCCACUUCGCCCUCAACACCUACCUCCACCAUGAACUCCCUGAAGAGGAAGCUGGAGGAAAAAGCAGGUACAAGUCCUGGGGAAAAUGACAGCACAAAUGGUGGAGAGGAGCCACAGAGGGACAAGCGGCUCAGAACUACCAUUACUCCCGAGCAACUUGAGAUUUUAUACCAGAAAUACUUGCUGGACUCCAACCCCACCCGCAAAAUGCUUGACCACAUUGCCCAUGAGGUGGGCCUCAAGAAGAGAGUGGUGCAGGUGUGGUUUCAGAACACCAGAGCCAGAGAGAGGAAAGGACAGUUUCGGGCUGUAGGCCCUGCUCAAGCUCACCGUCGCUGUCCAUUUUGUCGUGCACUCUUCAAGGCAAAAACAGCCCUGGAAGCUCACAUUCGUUCUCGCCACUGGCAUGAGGCUAAGCGUGCUGGUUAUAAUCUGUCUAGCAUGCUUCCAGAUCAGGAAGGCAUGUCACUUAAGAUGGAUCCUCUGGAUAUUUCCAGCUAUCCACACCUCACCCCCACCAACAAUGAAGGACAGUGUUCAUCUUUGUCACCAGUGAGUAAAAACAUGGAUCUGUCUCCUAGGGCACUGCUGAGCCCUACAUCCAUUAAGGUUGAAGGAAUGGAGGACUUUGAAAGCCCGACAAUGUCCUCUGUUAACCUGAGCUUUGAUCAGAACAAAUUAGACAAUGAUGACUGUUCCUCAGUGAACACGGCUAUCACCGAUACCACCACUGGUGAUGAGGCUAAUGCCGACAAUGACAGUGCAGAUACAAAGCAUGGUCAUAAUAGUGGUGACUUCCUUUCAAAGUCAGGGGGUACAGCCCCCUGUCUUGAGAAUGAUGACCAGAUGUCUUCAGGGCUAGUGAGCCCUGCUACAAGUUUCUAUGCCAAGGACUUUGAAAAUGAGACCAUGAUGGACUACAGUGAGACCUCAAGUCUCGCAGACCCCUGUUCACCAAGCCCUGGAGCAUCUGGGAGCAGAAGCGUAGAUAGUGGAGAACGGCCAGGCCAAAAGCGCUUCCGUACCCAGAUGACUAAUCUCCAGCUGAAAGUGUUAAAGUCUUGUUUCAACGACUACAGAACUCCCACUAUGCUGGAAUGUGAGGUACUCGGCAGUGACAUUGGACUACCAAAGAGAGUUGUCCAAGUGUGGUUCCAGAACGCUCGCGCCAAGGAAAAGAAAGCCAAGCUGAGUAUGGCUAAGCAUUUUGGAAUAAACCAGACAUCCUAUGAGGGACCCAAAACAGAAUGCACUUUGUGUGGUGUCAAGUACAGUGCUAGGCUCUCAGUGCGAGACCACAUCUUCUCUCAACAGCACAUAGCCAAGGUGAAGGACACCAUUGGGAGCCAACUGGACAAGGAGAAAGAGUACUUUGACCCAGCCACUGUUCGCCAGCUAAUGGCUCAGCAGGAAAUGGACCGUAUCAAGAAAGCUAACGAGGUCCUGGGUCUGGCACAGCAGCAAGCCAUGCAGCAACAAGGGAUGUUUGACAGUCCUGCGCUGCAGGCCCUGAACAUCUCGUCAGCCUACCCCACUCUACAGGGGAUCCCCCCUGUCCUCUUGCCAGGGGUUGGAAGCCCCUCGUUACCAGGGUUCACUUCAUCAAACACAGCUUUAACACCUCCAAAACCUCCAAACCUCCUGAACAUGCCUGGUGCCAGUGUACCUUCACCCAGUCUCCCCACAUCUGGAUUACCUAACAAACCUCCCUCCUCUUCCUCUUUAGCCUCACCCAGCUCAGCCCAGGCUAGCACCUCCACCACCCACUCUACCCCCACCAGCACCUCCACCUCUGCAGCCACACAGGCAGGCCCUAGGCUUGAACCCUCCAAAGAGCGUGGUGCUGAGCGGUCUAGGGAGAAGGAGAAGUCCAAGGAGAAGACAGAGAAGCCCCCCGUUCAGACCUCAACAGGGAGCACCCCCACACCCUCCACUUCUGCUGCCAGUGCUAAGAAAGAGAAGCCUGAUGCUGCCGUUCCUGCCACUUCUAUGCCAACACCUGGCAUGGAGUAUGUGGUGGAUUCCACUCAGCUUCAGGCUCUGCAGGCUGCCCUAGCAUCAGACCCCACAGCUCUGCUCACCAGUCAGUUCCUACCUUACUUCAUGCCUGGCUUCUCGCCAUACUAUGCCCCACAGAUCCCUGGGGCUCUUCAAGGUGGCUACCUGCAACCAAUGUAUGGUGUGGAAAGCCUGUUUCCAUACAACCCAGCUUUGUCACAAGCUCUGAUGGGGCUCUCUCCAGGGUCCUUGCUCCAGCAUUACCAGCAAUAUCAGCAGAGUCUACAGGAGGCACUACAGCAGCAACAGAGGCAGCUUCAGCAACAACAACAGAAGCAGCAGCAGCAGCAUCUUCAGCAGCUCCAGCAACCCAAAGUGAUCCAAACUCCAGUUGCCCCUCAACCCCCAGGGACCCCAGACCACAAAGAAUCUGCCAAAGAGUCAGUAAAAACUGAAGAUCAGAAAGGCACUCCCUCCUGCGAGACCUCCUCCUCUUCAUCUUCCUCCUCCUCCAGCAAGAACCUUUCCUCUGAGCAGCACGAGAUGGACAGCAAAAACACGGACCCCCUUCUUGACCAGUAUAUUGUCCCCAAGGUACAGUACCGGCUGGCGUGCGGCAAGUGUCAAGCUGUCUUUAUCAAUGAAGAGGCAGCCGUCAGCCACCUGAAAUCUAUCUGCUUUUUUGGUCAGUCUGUGGCAAACCUGCAAGAGAUGUUGCUUCGGGUCCCCAGUGGUGGGAGCACAGGGGAUGGCAGCCUAUACGACUGCCUGGCCUGCAAUGCUACACUGGACGGGGACAAAGCGCUCAGUCAACAUCUGGAGUCAGCUUUGCACAAACACAGAACAAUCAAGCGAUCAGCCAGAAAUGCCAAAGAGCACGCUUCUAGUUUAUUACCUCACUCUUCAGCCUGCUUCCCCGAUCCUAACACCGCAUCUACCUCGCAGUCUGCCAUUCAACCAAACAGCAGCCCCACUCCCCCGCUAACAUCAUCAGCCACCAUGCUGCCAUCCUCCUCAUCAUCCUCGUGCUCUUCUUCCUCCGCGGCCACCUCCCCACACUCUGUUGCUGCCGGCAAACAUUGGCCCCAGGCCCCUUUUUCCAGAGCUUCAGCUGGGAAACCCAAUGCCACUUCUCCUUCUACUUCUUUUUUUCCUCCGGUAUCCUCACCUUCAACGGUUACCUCAAGUUCAUUGAGCACCUCAGGGGUUCAGACCUCGAUACCAACAGACGUCUUUACCGACGAGUCUGAUUCUGACUGCAGUCAGAAGUCAGCGGACAGGCUGAGCCGGCCGGCCGAGGAGCCGCAGCAGCCCAGCUGUCUCAAAGACAGUAAUAGUUGUAGUAGUAAUCUCACUAGUGUAGGAACGGACUCCAUCUGAUUGUAAACAAGCUUUCAAUGAUGGACAAUAUUUAAAAAAAAACACACAAAAGACAAAAAAAAAAACAAAACACAAGAAAACAAACAAA